CGGUCAGCUCUCCUAUCUCUCCGUCUAUCAAUCAAUCAAUCAAUCAAUCAACGAGGAACGGGAGUGAACUCUAUUCCUCACAUUAAUGACCCUGCCAAUUGGUGGCCCAUGCUACCCUGCUCGUUACUAUCAGUACUAUCUAUCUAUCUAUCUCCCAACCUCAGUGGCUUCCUGUCCCCUUUCGGGAUGCACAGAAAGAAUCGUUUGUGUCAUCGCUUAAUCAACAACAACGACAAACACGGGGAGUAUACCCAGGUAGUAUCUACCGAUAUCCAGCGCCAGACCCAGAGGAGAACAGAACGAAACCAUCACCUUAUCGUCCAUUCGUUUCACAGUCUCUCUUACACAGCCAACCCGGAUUCGUGGUUAUCUGCUCGGCUGAUGAUCCCCGUAACUAAUCACUGAUAAGCCCAUCCAAGGUUCACCCCAACCAUCUCUUGCUUCAGCCCAAGUCCGGUUUAUCUACCGAGUCUCCAGGCUGGCGAUCCGCAAGUUGUAUCGUGUCCGCUUCGUGUCCCAUGGGUGACCACAC